AUGACGCCGGGCUUCCCCAAGGCCACUAAGCCCACCACCAAGAAGCCCGCUGCGGCUCCCUACGGCAAGAAGCCCAGCAGCAAGGUGCAGAAGGACCCUCGCCUCGAGAGCACGCCCAAGCACUUUGGUAUCGGCCAGGACAUCCAACCCAAGCGCGAUGUGACGCGCUUCGUCAAGUGGCCCGAAUACGUGCGCCUGCAGCGCCAGAAGGUCAUCCUCAACCAGCGCCUCAAGGUUCCCCCUGCGAUUGCCCAGUUCAGCAACACGCUCGACAAGAACACGGCUACCGCUCUGUUCAAGCUCCUGAACAAGUACAGGCCUGAGUCGAAGCAGGAGAAGAAGGCUCGUCUGGACGCUGUUGCCAAGGACGUUGCCGACGGCAAGAAGACCGACCCCAAGGCCGAUGGCAAGAAGCCCCUCUUUGUCAAGUACGGCCUCAACCACGUCGUUGCCCUCGUCGAGGCCAAGAAGGCCAACCUCGUCGUCAUUGCCGACGACGUUGACCCCAUCGAGCUCGUCGUCUUCCUGCCCGCCCUCUGCCGCAAGAUGGGUGUCCCUUACGUCAUUGUCAAGGGCAAGGCUCGUAUCGGGACACUUGUCCACAAGAAGACGUCGGCCGUCGCUGCCAUCCAGGACGUCCGCUCCGAGGACGAGCGAGAGCUCGCUACCCUCGUCAGCGCUGCCAAGACCAACUACCUCGACGAGACGUCGCACCGCAGGCAAUGGGGUGGCGGUGUCCGUGGCAACAAGAGCGCCAACAAGCUCGCCAAGCGAGCAAAGGUCGCUGGUGCUCCCCAGCCCCAGUAAUUGCUCUCUUGUCUUGUUCCUUCACCGCCUCUUGUCAAUCAUCCCCAUGUACUUUGUCCUCCUUCAUUGCCCAUAGCGGCGCACCCAGGCGAGCCUAUGCAAUCCAAUCCGGGUAUCCAGGUAUAUCCUCAUUGAAAAGAUCAAUCAGCUCUU